AUGAGCGCGUUCACGAUUCCAAGUAGUCUCAUAAGAUCAGCGCGUUCACGAUUCCUUAGUGUCUCCAAAAACACAAAAUUCAUGAUUCCAAGUGUCUCACGGCCACAGCGCGUUCACGAUUCCAAGUGUCUCACGGCCACAGCGCGUUCACGAUUCCAAGUGUCUCACGGCCACAGCGCGUUCACGAUUCCAAGUGUCUCACAUUGCCACAGCGAAAUCACGAUUCCAAGUGUCUCAGGGCCACAGCGCGUUCAUCAUUCCAAGUGUCUCCACGGCCACGAGCGCGUUCACGAUUCAAGUGUCUCACGGCCACAGCGCGUUCACGAUUCCAAGUCGCGUUCACGAUUCCAAAAGUCUCACGGCCACAGCGCGUUCACGAUUCCAAGUGUCUCGGCCACAGCGCGUUCACGAUUCAAACGUGUCUCACGGCCAAUCGAACGCGUUCACGAUUCCAAAUUGUCUCACGGCCACAGCGCGUUCACGAUUCAAAUUUCUCACGGCCCAGCGAAUUUCCGAUUCAAGUGUCUCAAUUUCACAGCGAGUUCUAAACGAAAAAAAUUCAAGUCUCUCACAUAUACAGCGCGUUCACGAUUCCAAGUGUCUCACGGCCACAGCGCGUUCACGAUUCCAAGUGUCUCACGGCCACAGCGCGUUCACGAUUCAAGUGUCUCCAUUAUUAAACAGCGCGUUCACGAUUCCGUGUCUCACGGCCACAGCGCGUUCACGAUUCCAAGUGUCUCACGGCCACAACGCGUUCACGAUUCCAAAUGUUCACGGUUGGAGCGCGUUCACGAUUCCAAGUUCAAUCUCACGGCCCAUCAAUGA